AACGAGUUUAGCCGAUUGUGAGCAAUGUUAUGUCCGUGUCAACCAUGGUGUAAACCGUAACAUAAUGCUAGCUGUCGAGCUACUGUUUCGCGCUGUAUUUGUUGUCUUUCCACUAUAUUUGCAGAACGACUAAAGACUGUACAGAUCUCACAUAAUGGACAGCGAAAUGUCUGACAUUGACCCAAUACCAGGGCCUGAGACCAGCAGUAUGGAGGGUGAGAAUGCACCACUGUACUGUAUCUGCCGGAAACCAGACAUCAACUGCUUCAUGAUUGGCUGUGAUAACUGUAAUGAGUGGUUCCAUGGCCACUGCAUUAACAUCACCGAGAAGAAGGCGAAGGCAAUCCGAGAAUGGUACUGCAUGAGAUGCAGAGAUAAAAACCCCACACUGGAAAUAAAGUAUAGAUCAAAGAAAAACCGAGAGAAGGAAGCUGAGCCUGACAGAGCUGAAACACAGUACAGCACGCCGAGUACUCCAGACUAUAAGAGUGAAAGACGGCGUGGAUCCAAAGUGAAGCGUUCAGUCCGAAUGUGUGGGGAAUGUGAGCCCUGCAGAAGGACUGAGGACUGUGCCCAGUGUGACUUCUGUAAGGACAUGAAGAAGUUUGGAGGCCCCAACAAAAUCAGACAGAAGUGCAGGUUUAGGCAAUGUGAGGUUCGAGCCAGGAAAAUGCUGCGUGUGAAGGAUGAGGAAUUGUCUUUGCAAGAAAGGAGGGACAAUUCCUACCACAGACGGAGACGGUACUCUGAGGACUACGACAGUGAGGCGGAACUCUACCAGCAGUACAAGACAGCAGGACUUGACAACAACAUGGCGUGGGCUAGUGAUGACGAUGAUGAGCCACCUUUCAGUCCUGUCAUGCGUAAGAAAGCUGUGAAGGUGAAGCACGUCAAGAGACGAGAAAAGAAGUUUGACAAGAAAAAGGAGUCACGACGCCACAAACAGAAGCAGAAGCACAAAGACAGAACCAGAUACAGUGAGAAGGGUGACCUCCGGGAUAACGGAGGGCAGCGUCAGUGUCUGGGGCCAAGCUGUGUGGAGGGAGCGAGACCCAACUCCAAAUACUGCUCUGAGGACUGUGGCAUGAAGUUAGCUGCCAACCGGAUCUAUGAGAUCCUCCCUCAGCGUAUCCAGCAGUGGCAGCAGAGUCCCUGCAUCGCUGAGGAGCACGGUAAGAAGCACCUGGAGCGCAUCCGUCGGGAACAGCAGAACGCCCGGCUGCGCCUCACAGAGAUGGAGCGACGCUUCCACGAACUGGAAGGCAUCAUCGCUAAGGCCAAGCAGCAGGCGGUUCAGCAGGACGAGGAGGUGAAUGAAGGUGAUAGCGAGGACACAGACCUGCAGAUUUUCUGUGUGUCUUGUAGUCAUCCCAUCAAUCCAAAAGUGGCACUGAGACAUAUGGAGAGAUGUUACGCAAAGUAUGAGAGUCAGACCUCCUUUGGUUCGAUGUACCCUACAAGAAUAGAAGGAGCAACCAGACUCUUCUGCGAUGUGUACAAUCCCCAAAGCAAAACAUAUUGUAAAAGGCUUCAGGUUUUGUGUCCAGAACAUUCCAGAGACCCUAAGGUCCCAGUGGAUGAGGUGUGUGGAUGUCCUCUGGUGAAGAAUGUGUUUGAGCUGACUGGAGAUUACUGCAGGGUCUCCAAAAGGAAGUGCAACAAACAUUACAACUGGGAAAAGCUUAGGAGAGCAGAGGUGGACUUGGAGCGAGUCAGGGUGUGGUACAAGUUGGACGAGCUCUUUGAACAGGAGCGUAACGUCAGGACUGCUAUGACCAACAGAGCUGGUCUUCUCGCGCUGAUGUUGCACCAAACUAUUCAGCACGACCCGUUGACGACCGAUCUCCGUAGCAACAAGGAUAGGUAGUCGACCCAGUCUGCAUCCGUCUGUGGGACACUGUACAUAACGUGAGAUUUGAGUGUUACUGAUUUAAACUUGUAGAACAAUAACUACCAUUUGGAUGAAAACUGAUUUUCUAACUAGAUAAUUAUUUUAAAAUGUUUGUAUGAUAAUUACCUUUUUAAGAGGUAAAUGGAUAUAUAUUUUUCCUGACUGUGGUAGAUGAACUACUACUGAUUGAAAACUGCUGUUUUUGGUAUGAUCGCCCUGAAUAAACACCAUAAAAUUG